UGGGAUACAAGCAGUUAGAAGAAAUGGCGUCGAGAGAAAGGCCGUUAAAACACCGACAGAAAAGUUUAAUAAACAGGUUCGAAGAGUUCAGUCUUGACUCCUCCGUCGUCGAAGACAGGCCGUUAAAACACCGGCAGAAAAGUUUAAACAACACGUUUGAAGCGUCCAUUCCAGACUCCACCGCGGGCGAAGACAAGUUGUUUGGCCAAGCGGAGGAGGACGAGGACGGUGAUGACGGACCUUUGGUGUUUAUCUGCGCCAAGUGCAAGUUGCCUGUCGGGGAUUCAUUGUCCUGGGAUGGCACUGAAGAUGGCCAGAACCAAAUAAGACUGAAGCGGGUCACUGACAACGUCUUGGUUGGAAAGGACAAUCGCCUGUACGAAGUAAUCAAAGGAGCUCCCUGUUUGAUCGUGGACCUGUUCUGUCGAGGCUGCCAGUCUGUGGUUGGCAUGGUUUACUCAUCCACGCCAAAGAAACUGGACCACAAGAGAUUUACAUUCUGUUUCAAUGUAGCAGACAUCGACAGCUAUGUGUUUGGCUCUGCAAGCCAGAUGUUGGCAGCAGAGGGCCCCAAUGAGCAGCCGGUCACACUGGAGUACAGAGGCAUUGUUGAACAACAGCUGACAGAGAUGAAAAUGCUGGCCUUGUCCAUGGCGCACAGGCUGGAGGAGAUCGAAGCUGGCCUUCAGGAGGGCUGACGGUGAUGGACUGGGAUCGACUUGUCUGGGUGGAUGCUUGGCCCAGGUGUUGGGACAUGAGGAUUUCAUAUCCUCACUCCUCAUUUUUACCUUUACAUUAGCGCAUCCUCCUCUAAGUUUCAUCAUAGCCACAUUCCCUCAGUAACACAUUUUGUCCCAGCCUCACCUUCUGCACAGACACCUGCACACACAUACUCACACACACCGCUUCCUCUCCGCUUUGUCCUGAUUACCACUGGUGAAACAAAGACUGGCUGCACUUGUAAUCAAUCAUGUUGUCAGCUCGGCUCCUGUGGCUCAUGGCACCGUCUUCUCUGUUUCUCUCAGUGCAGAGUGAAUGUGCGCUAUGUGCAGCAUGUUUAUUUGUGCAGGGUUUCAUCAGGCAUGCUGCACACUCAGCACAAUGCCAUAUUGAUCUGGCCACUCGAGGCCACACACAUACACACACACUUUUCUUUGUUCUCUUCUUCAGGCAUGGAGCCUUGAAGGAUUGCUAGAUUUGCUUUUCUAUUGCCUUGUUGUGGCCAGAAGUGAAUUUGCAUUGAAACAAGGUUUUUACCUCUUAAAAUACACACACAUGCACACUUUAACAUUGCCUACAUCUCAGUUAGGCACAUUACUGGAUUAUGUUUCACUAUUAUUUUCAAUUAUCUACAGACUGUACUCGAAUAUUGGCAAAACGUUCCAGCAAUUUGCAUUCCUUUACCUGUUAUUACUCUGACUCAUUAUUGGUUUGUUUAUUUUUGUUUUGUCUGUCCUCAGUUGUACAAGCUUGUUUUUGUAUUUUUGUAUAAUAAAGUAUUCCACUGUUUCGAA